GAGCCGUUACCGAAGGAACGCCCCCCUUUUCCCUAAAAGCUCCGCCAGGAACUCGAGCACCCACUUUCGUUUCUCGAUUGGUCUCGAGAGACUCAGUGGUCAGGCGAACAGGUGUGCAGAGCAGACGCGGCGGCGGCGGCGGCGGCGAAAGAGCGCGGCAGGGGGGAGCGCGUGAGGCGCAGGCGCAGUGCGAAGCCCCGCCCUCCACCAGGGACUCAUUGUGCAGCAACCGGAUUGACUCCUCGUCCGCGCGGGCCAGCGGGAUCCGUAUUGCCUUUCCCACCCCUCUCUACAUACGCGCACACACGCUCACAAGCAAGUGCCCGCCGGAUAAAGAGACGGAAACCGUCCAGCCCUGCGGCGGAAAGGGUUUGAGACCGUUCGCGUCGGUGCCCUCAACGCCAACAUCACCAUUCCUCCCCACCCUUCUUUUCUCUCGCUCUGUCCCCCUCGCCGCGCGCGCUCACUUUCUUCUAUCCUCCCCCACCCCAUCUCUUCCGCGAGCUUGAGGGUCUCCUCGCGGCCUUCACUCCUAAGCGCUGCCUCUUGAUUGGCUCAAGCGCUCGAGACUUUUAACUUCUUCCCCCCCUCCCCUCUGUCGCGCGAGCCCACGGAGGGUCUCAGCGGCCAAUAGGAGUGCGCGCCGCGCGGGGAGAGGACACCCUCCUCGGCAUCGAGUCGGGUCGAGGCCUUGGCCGCGGGCGCUUGCUUCUCUCUCGGUCGUGCGCGCGCGCAGACGAAGCCAACGAAGAACGCAGGGUGGGAAGCGAUCGCGGUGUGUGCGUGUUUUAACACCCUCCCCCCUUCCCGAGUGCUCAACCCUCCCCGUUUCCGCGACGGCCUGCCUGCCAGUUUCCCCUUCCGGGCCAGUAGCAGGAGCGCGCGGCUGAGUCUCAGCGGUUUAAUCCGAGACAGCCGCACACCUUGACGGCCGCUGCCGGCUGACUGGUUCGUGCCCUUUCGCCUGCCCCUUUCCUGCCUCCGACCUGUUCGUUGUCGCACAAAAGAAGAGUGUGCGUGAGGGGGGGUCUCCUGACUCUGUUCUCACCCCAACGGUCUUGCGCGCGUGCUGACUGGGGGGGCUUUGAGCCUGCGGCGUCCGGCCCCUUUUCGCUGCCGCCGCCAGCACGACCGCCAUGUUGAAGCAGCCGCUGCCGCCGCCGCCCUCCCCGCAACCUAGCUCUCCCGGGUCGGGGGCCCCGCCGCCAACCACGCCGACACCACCUCCCCAAGCCACCGCAGCCACGGCCGCCGCCGUUUCACGCAAAGCCAGUGUGCCCCCAACCAGCCCCAACGGGAACCUUAGCCCCGGCGCCGCGGGAGGAGCCAGAGCCACUACGGUGGCUCCCCCCGGGAGUGGAGGAGGAGGAGGCCCCCCUGGAGGAAGCGGCACCAGGGGCCAGAGCACAGGCAAAGGACCUCCACAGUCUCCUGUCUUCGAGGGUGUCUAUAACAAUUCCCGAAUGCUGCACUUCCUGACAGCAGUUGUGGGGUCCACAUGUGAUGUGAAAGUGAAAAAUGGAAGCACUUUUGAGGGGAUUUUUAAAACUCUGAGCUCCAAGUUUGAGCUUGCUGUGGAUGCUGUGCAUAAGAAGGUGCCCGACCAGCCAGUUGGGCCCAGGAGGGAAGAUAUUUUGGACACUAUGAUUUUCAAGCCUGCUGAUGUCAUGCUGGUGCACUUCCGCAACGUUGAUUUUAACUACGCCACCAAAGAUAAGUUCACGGAUUCUGCCAUUGCUAUGAAUUCCAAGGUGAAUGGGGAGCACAAAGAGAAGGUGCUACAGCGCUGGGAAGGAGGAGACAGCAACAGUGAUGAUUAUGACUUGGAAUCGGACAUGUCUAAUGGCUGGGACCCAAAUGAAAUGUUCAAGUUCAACGAGGAAAAUUAUGGUGUGAAGACCACCUAUGAUAGCAGCCUUUCCUCAUAUACAGUCCCUCUUGAAAAGGAUAACUCUGAGGAAUUCAGGCAGCGAGAAGCCAGGGCUGCCCAGCUGGCUCGGGAGAUUGAAUCAAGCCCGCAGUACCGACUGCGCAUUGCCAUGGAAAAUGAUGAUGGGCGCACAGAAGAGGAGAAACACAGCUCUGUGCAGAGACAGGUGUCUGGAAGGGACAGCCCCAGUCUGGCAUCCAGAGAAGGCAAGUACAUACCACUUCCCCAGCGUGUCAGAGAAGGUUCACGAGGAGGUGUACGCUGCAGCAGCUCUCGGGGUGGGCGGCCAGGAAUGGGCUCCUUACCACCCCGUGGAAGUGCACAUCAUUCAGAAAGCAACACUAGCUCCAUUCCAGAGCAACGAGGCAUCAAUGGAGGUCCAUCCAGAAUGUCUCCAAAGUCUCAACGACCCAUCCGGGGGGCCAAGAGCAUGUCUUCCCCCUCCAGCCGAACUAUGGAAGUCUCAGCUGCAUCUCCUACAGUGGGCCGUCUGUAUGCUCCACGUUCCCCGAAGUCUGUCUCAAAUGUAUCUGCCACUUCCCAGGAUCCCCCAGUGGGAUCAGCAGUCCCUGCUGCUCCUGCAUCACCCUCUGAAUCAAGGCCUAUCAUGGAACCUAGUGCUUCCCCGACUCCGCCUUCACCCAAGGUCCCAGCAUCCGCCCCAGUAACUGCUGUUGAGGUUAAAGAGGUUCCUAGUUCUGUCACCAAAGAGCCAAGCAGAACCUUAGAGGUUAUGGGGCCCUCUGAUUUGGUCAAACAGGCAAGCAAAGGCCUUCAAAAUGAACAGAAGAGGAAUCAGCUAGAGGAGCUGCGCAAGUUUGGAGCCCAGUUUAAGCUGCAGUCCAGCUCUUCCUCAGAGGCCACACUUGAAUCUUUUCGGGCCAAGGAACCUCUUGAAGGAAAAGUGAGGGAAAAGCCCCCAGAGGCAUUAGUUGGGGCUACAUGUGAGGUGCCUGAUGAGUCCCCGAAGCCAAACCUAGAGCUGUCUGAAGGCAGCAGCAAGGAGGAGAAAGGACCCUGUGAAGGCAUGGAACGCCAGACCCAAACAGCCAGCCCUUUGGGCAAAGGCGACACAGAUGACAAGGAGGACGGCCCUGUCUCAGAACAGGUGAAGAAGUCAACACUGAACCCUAAUGCAAAGGAAUUCAAUCCCUCCAAGACUCUCCUGUCUGUGAACAAGUCAACGAGUACGCCGACAUCACCAGGACCGCGUACCCACUCCACGCCCUCUAUCCCCGUGAUUACCCCAGGGCAAAGCGGCAUGUACAGCACACAGUACAUUUCUUACAUCCCACAGAUCCAUAUGAGCCCAGCUGUGCAGGCACCUCAGAUGUAUUCCUACCCUGUUUCCAAUUCUGUGCCAGGACAGCAGGGCAAGUAUCGAGGAGCUAAAGGCUCUCUACCCCCACAGCGUUCAGACCAGCACCAGCCAACUUCAGCUCCUCCCAUUAUGCAGGCAGCGGCUGCUGCAGGUCCCCCUCUGGUGGCUGCUACUCCAUAUUCCUCAUAUAUCUCCUACAACCCCCAGCAGUUCACAGGACAGCCUACCAUGAUGCAGCCAAUGGCACACUAUCCUUCACAGGUGGGUGUGACAUAUGCACCAGCAGGGGAAAGGAAAUUAUGUGUGCCCGUGCUUUCUAAUUCGUGUUCUCCUCUCCAGCCUGUCUUUGCCCCCAUGCUGCAGAGCAAUCCCCGUAUGAUGACCUCAGGCAGCCACCCUCAGGCUAUUGUCUCGUCAUCUACCGCCCAGUAUCCCCCAGCAGAGCAGCCAACACCCCAGGCUCUUUAUGCCACAGUGCAUCAGUCGUAUCCCCACCAUGCCACACAGCUGCAUCCACAUCAGCCUCAACCAGCUACCACGCCCACAGGCAACCAACAGCAAGCGCAGCACGCCGCCCCCAGCCCUGUGCAGCAUCAGGCUGGCCAGCCGCCUCAUUUGGCCAGUGCCCAGCAGCAGCAGAACCUGUACCACACAGCCACGCUGACAGCUACACCGCCUUCCAUCACACCAGGACCCAGUGCUCAAUCUCCGCAGAGCAGUUUUCCCCAGCAGGCAGUGUACGCCAUCCAUGCCCAUCAGCAGCUGCAGCACGGCUACACCAACAUGGCCCAUGUCACCCAGGCCCAUGUCCAGACUGGAAUUGCAGCUGCCCCACCACCUCACCCUGGAGCUCCACAGGUCAUGCUGCUGCAUCCCUCGCAGACCCAUGGUGGACCCCCUCAAGGAGGUGUGCCCCAGAGUGGUGUGCCCACCCUCUCAGCCUCCACACCCUCCCCCUACACUUAUAUAGGGCACCAUCAAGUUCAGUCUCAUCCCUCCCAGCAGCUUCCAUUCCACACCCCUGGGAACUGAUGUCCACGCUUCUCCCCGUGACCUGAAAACCCCAGUCAGCCUUGGCUCUGUUGCUGGCCCCAAGUCUGGCCCAUGACAGAGUCUGGCUCGGUUGCUGGCCCAUGGCAGAGGCCCCUGGAGGGGUGCAGUCUGGCCCGCCCCCCCUUCACCAAGCACCUUCCUUUCCGUUGGUUUAGUGAAGCCCGCUUGGGGUGCUGUCAGCCAGCGGGAUGGAGCAGGGCCCCUUCCCCGGAGAAGGGGAGGGUUUCUUUUCUGUUAUUUAUGACUCCAUUCAGGCUCUUAGAGCAAAUGCCACUUUCCCACAUUAACUUGACAAGGACAUGACCAGAUGGACAAACCUUGACUUUUUAUUAAAUAAAAAUAUUUAAAAAGUUAAAAAAAAUAAAAUUUUAAACUAACUAA